AUGGCAGAGAAAAAUACAUAUUAUCAAGGUUCUCAUAAGCCUAAACAACAUCGGGGAAUUAAAAUUCAUACUUAUGAUCAUUAUGAUUGGAAAUUAUUCAUGUGGUUUGGUUCUUUGAAAAAAAUUGAAAAUUUGAUUCAUUUAUUUAUUAUAGUUUGGGACGCUAUUCCUAUUGAAUCUGAUACGGAUCUCUCAAUAGAAUUUAAUGAGGAGACGAGUAAAAUGGUUGAAAUUAUUGAAGAAUUAAAUACUUUAGGAGCAGUUGAUGAUUUAAACUUUUCUAAAUUUAUAGAUGAUUAUAGAAAUCAUCGUUAUAAUAAUCCAAAUUUAAAAAAAAGAUUGUUAAGGAUUGCUUGGGAAAGUUUAGAAAAUAGCGGAUUAAAUCUAGAUCCUCGUAAUGUUUCGGAACAAUUAGAUGUUUGUACAAACCAACAAAAAUUAUCUUUAAGACAAAUGAUUUUUUCUAGAAUGAAAUCUUUUAAUAUACUUGCAACACAAAUGUCAAAAGUAUACGAAAUUAGCAAAAGUAAAUCACUUUUAAAAGAAAAUGAAAAUUUGAAAAAUCAAAUAUUGUCCUUGAAGAAAGAGAAUUCACAACAACAAGCAGCUCUUGGUAAUAUUACAAAUGUAUCCUGGAAUCAUGAUGAUCCAAAUAAUGCAUCAAAGUUAAUCUCUGAUAUUGAAGAAUUACAAGAUUUGCUCUCGGAUUUUACGAUGGUUCAGGGAGGGGAUUAUAAGAUUAAUGAUAUGACAUCAGGAAAUCUUAUAAAGGAGUAUAAAUGUCAAGUAGAAUACCCGAGUACGAAGGGAAGGGUUGUUUUAGGAGCCGUACUUCAACGUUACGUAAUAACGACAAUCUUGAAAGAAGUCGAACUAUAUUUCAAAAACACUUCUUCUUAUGAAGACCGUGGAAUCGACAUGACUCUUGAAUGCGAUCUCGUUAAUGCUACCGAAAGAUUAAUUAGUUAUACAGAAAAAUUCAGGGAUAACCGUAAAGGAGAUGACGAGCUCACUAAAAUUACACCAGGCAGAAUUCGUCAACAAAGUUAUUCAACUCUUGGAUGUCGAGGAUUCUCCGAUGAUGAACAUCCUUUAAUUAAGGGAACCGUUGAGAAAUUGUUGAAUGAGUUGGACAAAUUUAGACAAGUCGUAGAUAAAGAAACCAACGAUGAAUUACAUGAUCAAGCUAUUAAAAUAACUCGUAACGUUAUUAAUAUUUUUAGUUUUCGUUUAAAGACACAGGCUUUUGAACUAAAACAUCAAUUUUUCGAAGCUGGUCAUGAUGUGGAUGUUCGUCUCAUGCAAGGAAGUUUUGGACGUGAUGAUUCUAAAAGAAUGGAGGUGGAAGUCUGCUCAUUUCCUUGCAUUGGUGUAUUCAAUGGUGAUGAUCGAUCAAAACAAAGCGUAUUUACAAAGGCUCAAAUAAUUACAAGACCGAAGAGAAGCAAUAGUGGCAACCAGUAA